AUGAGUCGCGAACGUUUGGUGAACUGGAUGAAGGCGGCGGUGGACGAUUCUUCAUACAGCGAGGAGUUAGAGCGCUUCUUCCUGCUCUACGUGCAGGUGUCUCCAUCCUUCAAGCGGAGCUUUGCAAAGACGUUCAUCCGCCAGUACGAGCACAUUCUGCAGGACACUCCUCGCCUGGACUCUCUUGGAGUUCAGUUUUUCACCAUCCCCGAGGUGGCGCUGGAGCUUGUCGCAAAGGAGGAUGCUUUCGGCGCCAUUCUAUCAGCAGCAAACAGGUAUCUGAACCUCGUCGUGGACCACGAGGAUCAGCAUAUCGUCUUCAAAGAUCCGGAUCCUUUGCAAGCAACUUGGGAAAAGCUGCGAAGUGUGUUUCGCACUGCGGGCUAUGUCCUCUUCCACAAGUCCGUCUGUGAGCAUGUCCUCAAGACGCCAUCCAUAUUGGAAGCCAUAGCAGAGGUACUACAACGCCUUUGGCGUAUGUCUCUGCAGCACAGGGCCACGGGGGAACAUGUGCUCUAUGAGUCGCGCCACCUCCAAAUGCAGGUCUUCCUCCUGGAGUCCGAAAUCCUGCGCCAGUUCUCUACCCUGUGCGAUUUCUGCAGACGGCCGCAGGCCACUUUGGAGGAGCUUCUGCCCCUCUAUGCCUGGCUGGUGGCGUCCUUGCAAGACUCCAGGGGCUUCAGCACUUCCUUCAACGAUGCCACGGCGGCGUCCUUCCACAUGCCAGCGCUGAGGCUACUAUCGCAAAGCUUGAACUUCGAGCUGCUUCUGGAUCCGAGCCUGGCGGACAGCUGGCGAAGGAUCUUCCCAAGGGAGUUUCUUGUGGCGGGCAUGACCCACACCGUGAGGACACUGCGCUUCGAGGCAGAGAUCCGUGCAGGCUUGUGGGUCCGGAAUGGCGAGUCCAUGCGUGCGCAGCAUGUUGAUUAUCGGACCAAGACCCGACAGACCGACAUCAUGACGCUUCAGGCCUUCAUGAUUCUCCUGCGCAUGCAUGGAAGCGAGGAUGCAGCCUGCGAGCCCCUGGCCUUCCUUUGGACGGCAGUCUUCGAUGAUGCCAAUGUGGCAGAGGCCUCAUCUGUGCGGAUCGCAUGGCAGAGGCUAUGGGUUCAGAGCGUCAGCGAGCAGACUAGGACGCGCUUUCGCUUGUUCUGGCUGCUCCUAUGCCAAGUGCUGAACGAGAUGUUUCCCAUUGAGGUGGCGAUGUGCCGACGAGCAUGGGAGCCGAGGUACUCUUAUCGAUGCCCGGUGAUCUUGCAGAGGUUCCUGAUUCAGGUCCUGGCUUCCGGGCCAAUGUCGCUGUCGGAACUCGCCAACCUGCUCCCCAAGGAGCUCCAGGUGCGAGAGUCGCAGCUGGCCCAGGCCGUGGAGGCUGUGGCUUCGACACGGGUUGGCCAGGCGGAGGGCGAUGCGGCUCUCGCAAACACGGGCAAGCGAACCUACGUGCUAAAGCAGAGAAGCUGGCAGCAUUUCGACAUCUGCACAGCAGAGGCUAUGCCCAUCCGAAAUUUGCGAGAUGGGACAUGGCGUGAGCGACAGCACCGGGCAGAAGAGAAGGCUUUAGCACAGCAGGCUCUUUCUUGA